UUUAGUGAUGUGUGGAUGAUCACUUCUCUUUGGUUCAGAGGUGACAACUGCCAUGAUUAUGUCCUAAAACAGGCCCCCCAGAUCGCCCUGGACCUGAUCUUUGAGCCUCAAGAUCAACCAAUAUCGUUCUCUCUUGUAAAAAUCAAAUUCUCUUCUCUCUCUCUCUCUCUCGCUCUGUCUCUCUCUCUGAGCAGAGGCAGGCAACAGAACGAGGAGGCAUCACACAAGAAGAAGAAGGAGAAAGGAUGGCAGGUGCAGGUUGGGCAGCCAAAGUCCCCACCAUCGCCUCUCGUGUCUACUUCCUCCUCAUCAUCCUUCAGAUACCCCUCUUCAGGGUGCCUUGCAGAUCUGGACUAUGCACGACGCCGAUGGCGGUCACUUCGUCCCAGUUAAUCUCCAGCGACGUCUUCCCUACUGCCGCAGUGAAGGCUCUUCUUUACCCUGGUGCGGUGGUAGACGGCCUCAUCUCAACCAUGACCAUCCCUAAAUGGAACGACAUACUCGACCUGUACAAUCUAACGGCUGCUAAAAGUGCAUCUGCAAUGGUGGAUCUUCAGCGCCUCGAGGUUCUUGCUGGAAGUUACUUUUCUGUUGCCGGAGCCUUCGUGGGCCUCAUGAAACCAGGAAGGAUGAGCAUGUUUGGAACACUUCUAGUUGUAUGGGGCCUUGUCAAAGAAAGCUUUCUUGGAAAGCCACCAAAUACAGAUCCAGCAACCGCAGUUUUCAUCUACCCAACAAUGUUCUUUGCUCUGUUUUGCGCAUUUUCAUCUGUGAAAUAUGACUUAAAUAGGGUGACCAGAAAGCAACAGGCUCGGCCAGCUGCAAAACCACUGCAAAGCUCAGCCAAAUCCAAGCUAAAAUGAGAUAUGAUGGAUGAUUUUUUUUUUUUUUUGUUGAACUUUGUUUGGAGAACCAUCAAAAGACUGUCCAAGCAGGAUUUUUCAGAAAACUUUGUUCUUGAAUGGUUUGUUAUUAAGAAAAGCAGCAUCCUUUUGGUUUGUGCAGUUACAUAA